AGUUCGAGACAUCUCAGCAAUGGGCACUACCGGGGCAUUAAAGGAGUCUUCAGGGGACCCCUCUGCAAGAACGGAUCUCCCUCUCCGGUAAUGUGCGCGCGCACACACGUACACACACAAACGUUCCAACUCAACACAAACGAAAAGAUAUUGAGAGAUAGUAUCCUGAUUCAAUGAGUAGAUGGUGGACAUCUAAAACGUAAACCUUAUCCAUAGGUAUGGAGGUACAUCGUGUCCAUUUAUACAAUUUAUUGACAGACUGUGACACAGAGAGGGGUGUGUAUUUACAUGUGUAUUUUCAAUCCAGUCAGUAGGAUCUAUAGUGCUACGGAUGUAAAUAUUUACUGAAUGCAGUUAACUGCAGGGCUCUGAAGGUAGCUCCUCUGUGCUAUGUCAACUUACGCAUCUGCUGAUUUGGGCAGUGUAGAAAGUUUGACUGGCACGUUAUAAUGUGCUUUGUGAAGUCAUCAGUUGAGAUUAGUUUAAUAAUGCUACUGUUACUUUAUGAGAAAAACUCAAAGAUUUUGCCUCAAAUCACUGGCAAAAGGAAAGGUAUAGGUAGUGAAAACUUGAUUAUAUCUAAUGCUCAACUAUGCACAUUCUUUAAGGGGAAGUAAAAGAAUUCUUUAUGGAAAUCUGAGUUGGAUAGUUUAUUGUAUAAUAUACAAAUAUAUUAACAUGCAAUUAGAGUGAUUGCUUUUUAACUUAGUAAUCUAUUCAAUUUAGUUACUAUUCAGUUUAUUCAUAUUCUUUUUAUAAAAUAAUUUCAUCCAGAUUAUAUGAGUUAAAUCCAUUAUUAAUUCAUUUCUUGGUACAUACUAUAAACUAAUGUUUUAAGACUCCAAAUGUGUUUCAAGAAAAUGUGUGUGAAUGUGUAUGUGUGUGUGUAUGUAUAUAUAUAUAAAUUUUGGACUACUAGUGACUAAGUAUGCAAACUUAAAGACCAACUUUUGAGGUUUAAUAUAAAAAACAGUAUUUAAGUCUGUAUAUCAAGAGGGAAAAUUGAAAUUACCCAAUUUUAAUUUUUGUAUGGUUGAUAUUUUCCAUCAUGGCUUAACGCUUCAUUAGCAUGAAUUAUUCAAAACUGCAACAUAUUAUAAAAACCUUUGAUUAUUAAUAAAUACUAUAUGUAAUUUACAUGAGAAAUCUAAAAUCAGAAAGUACAAGUGCCUAGAGAUAUCACUAGGAUUCCUCAUGACAAAUUAUUCCUUCACAUGCUUUUAUGUACUACAAAAAGUGGAUUGUUGCAACUAUUCCCCCCAACAACUGUAUACAAUACUGAGUCAGAACUGUUAGAUGGAAAAUACUGUUUAUAUGAGUACUUAACAAUUAAACUCACAGGGUUAGCAGGCACUUGCAGAGUUCUAGUUGAAUAAAGCCCACAUUCAGUCCCUCUAAGUAGCAGGUCUGAAUCUUUCCCAUUUCUAAAGAUUCUCAGAAUUGGAGUUCCUGCAGUCUCAGCAAACCACUUUAAUGUUUAACAACGCACAGUGCCAGGAGAAUCUUUCUUACAGCAAACUUAAAUCCUUUACAUUCUUCUUUAGGUCCAUUUUUAUCUAGAAAACCUACAGUGUUCCGCCUUUUUCACAGGUAUUAUUUUUCAACGCUUUGGUAAUCUCUGUGCCUGUCUUUCUUGCCCUCCUUUUGGUUAUGGAAAACUAAAUUGGAUAGUGCAUUGUACUGUUUGUGCCUCAAGACUUCUCAGUAUAAAGGGAGAAUUGCUUCAUAAUCUUACACGGUUUAGUUCUUUUCAAGUUGGUUAGACUAUGGUGUUCAUCUUCCCAAAUCUGUAGGGCUUGCAGAGGAAUUUCUGUUACACAGUCAAAAAGUGUCCUUUCUCUCCCACUUGUUCAGUCAUCUCCCAAGAGCCUGACUGAUGCUAUAGAGACUAGAUGUGUGAAUGUAGAUGAGAGAAGACAGCCCAGUGACCACACGGCUGUGCUGGUUGACCAGGGUUCAUCAGGAUUUUGCAGAAAAGGAGAAGUCCACAGCAAAGGCCCUGGAAGAUGUAAAGGCAAACUUUUACUGUGAAUUAUGUGACAAGCAGUAUCACAAGCACCAGGAGUUUGACAAUCAUAUUAAUUCUUAUGAUCAUGCUCAUAAGCAGAGACUGAAAGAAUUAAAGCAAAGGGAAUUUGCUCGGAAUGUAGCUUCUAAGUCAUGGAAAGAUGAGAAGAAACAAGAAAAAGCACUUAAACGACUCCAUCAGCUGGCUGAGUUAAGGCAGCAAUCUGAAUGUGUUUCUGGAAAUGGACCAGCAUACAAAGCCCCCAAGGUAGCCAUAGAAAAGCAACUCCAGCAAGGAAUUUUCCCCGUUAAGAAUGGCAGAAAGGUAUCAUGCAUGAAGAGUGCUCUUCUCCUUAAAGGAAAAAAUCUCCCCAGAAUCAUUUCCGAUAAACAGCGGUCCACCGUGCCAAAUCGACACCAAUUACAAUCAGACAGGCGUUGUUUGUUUGGAAAUCGGGUACCUCAAACAUCUUCAGAUCUCAGCAAUGCAAAUCACAGAACAGGAGUAUCAUUUUCUUUUUCCAAAAAAGUGCACCUAAAAUUAGAAUCUUCAGCAUCAGUUUUCAGUGAGAACACAGAAGAAACUCACGAUUGUAACAAGUCACCCAUUUAUAAAACAAAACAAAUUGCAGAUAAAUGCAAGUGCUGCAGGUUUGCAAAUAAAGAUACACACCUUACCAAGGAAAAAGAGGUAAACAUCUCACCAAGCCAUCUGGAAAGUGUUUUACACAAUACCAUCUCCCUAAACUCUAAAAUUUUGCAAGACAAUAACAACUCUAUUGAUGAGACACUAGAAGAUUCAAUUGGCAUCCAUGCUUCAUUCUCUAAAUCUAACAUUCAUCUUUCAGAUGUAGAUUUUACUCCUUCCAGCAGAGAAAAAGAAACUAGAAAUACAUUGAAGAACACUUUAGAAAACUGUGUGAAUCACCCAUGCCAAGCAAAUGCUUCCUUCAGCCCACCAAACAUUUACAACCAUAGUGAUGCCAGGAUAUUUGAAUGCCUGGAUGAGUUUUCAUCAGCAGAGCCAAGUGAACAAAAGAGUACAGUGCAUCUGAAUCCAAAUUCCAGAAUAGAGAACAGAGAAAAAUCUUUAGAUAAAACAGAAAGAGUUAGCAAAAAUGUUCAAAGACUUGUAAGAGAAGCAUGUACCCAUAAUGUGGCAUCUAAACCACUGCCUUUUCUCCACGUUCAAAGCAAGGAUGGCCACACCACUCUUCAAUGGCCUACGGAACUUCUGCUCUUUACAAAAACAGAACCCUGUAUCUCUUAUGGCUGCAACCCACUAUAUUUUGAUUUUAAGCUUUCUCGGAACACAAAGGAAGACCACAAUCCAGAGGACUUAAAAACAGAAUUGUGUAAGAAGUCCUUGGAAGUGAAGACUAAAAGAGAGAGCCAAGUCUCAGGUGUAAUCGAAGACCAACAAAAAUUGAUCCAAGAAGAUAAUCAAUAUCUGAAACCAAAGAUGAUGAUAGCUAAUCCGGAUUGGGAAAAAUUCCAGAGGAAAUAUAAUUUGGACUACAGUGAUUCUGAGCCAAAUAAGAGUGAAUAUGCUUUUAGUGCAAAUGAUUUGGAAAUGAAAAAUCCUGAAGUGCCUCUUUACCUCAAUACAUCUCUAAAGGAUUAUGCUGGAAAGAAUAAUAGUGAGAACGAACUUAAGGAAGCUUCAAGGGCCCAUUGGCAAGGCAGCAGAAAGGUAGUUCUAAAUGAUACAGAUGAGGACCUAUCUUGUCCUUCCUACAUCUCUAGGACUAAAAAGAAUAAAUUGAUUCCCUGCAAUCCUCAUUUGGAAUUUGAAGAUGAAAGACAAUUCAACUGCAAGUCCAGUUGUUAUACAGUAGGGGGUAACAGUGACCAUGGGAAAGACUUCAGUGUAAUUUUAAAGAGUAACCACAUCAGCAUGACCAACAAGGUUUCUGGAUGUGGAGACCGAAGAUACAAGAGAUGCUCUCCAAAGUCAUCUUUGAGUAGAUAUUCUUGCUCUUCGGACACAUCCCCUAGCAGCGUGUCUAGCUUGAGAAGUACUUGUUCAAGUCAUAGAUUCAAUGGUAAUAGCAGAGGUAAUUUUCUCUGCUUCUAUAAAAGAGAACACCACUCAGUUGAAAGGCACAAACGGAAAUGUCUGAAGCACAACUGCCUCUACUUGUCUGAUGAAAUAGCAAAGAGCAGUCAAAUGCAGUCUGAACCACAGAAAGAGAGGAACUGCAAAUUGUGGGAAUCAUUUAAAAAUGAAAAAUACUCAAAACGUAGAUAUUGUCACUGUAGAGAAAGACAAAAACUGGGCAAAAAUCAACAACAAUUUUCAGGGCUAAAAUCUACGAGAAUCAUCUGUUGUGAUUCUAACUCACAGAUUUCCUGUACUGGAAGCAGUAAAAAACCACCUAAUUGCCAGGGAACUCAGCACGAUAGAUUGGACUCUUACUCAAGGGAGAAAAUUUAUUACUUGAAUAAAGGCAAGAGAAAUCAAGAGUCUUUGGGCAGCCCUCACAUUUGUGAUCUGGGAAAAGUCAGGCCCAUGAAGUAUAACUCCGGGAACAUCAGCUGCCUUCUAAAGAACUGUUCCAGUGGCCCUUCAGAAACUACAGAAUCGAACAUUACAGAAGGAGAGAGGAGCCCUCUGACAGCAAAAAGCCUUUUAGAAAGAGUACAAGCCAAGAAAUGUCAGGAACAAUCAAGUAAUGUUGAGGUCUCUUCAAACAGUUGUAAAAAUGAAUUAGAGGCUCCUUCGCAAGUCCCAUGCACAAUUCAACUUGUACCAUCAGGCUGUAACAGACAAGCAUUGCCUUUGUCUGAAAAAAUACAGUAUGCAAGUGAGAGCAGAAAUGAUCAAGACAGUGCAAUUCCAAGGACUACGGAGAAAGACAAAAGCAAAAGCUCACAGACAAAUAAUUUUACAAUUUUAGCAGACACUGAUUGUGAUAACCAUCUUUCUAAAGGUAUAAUUCACCUAGUAACAGAGUCUCAGUCACUAAACAUAAAAAUGAAUCCAACAACAAAAGAACAAUCAAAACCUUUAAUUAGUGAAAUCCAACCUUUUAUUCAAUGCUGUGACCCAGUACCAAAUGAAUUCCCUGGUGCUUUGCCAUCUAAUAGAUAUACUGGUGUUACUGAUUCAACAGAGACCAAAGAACACCAAAUAAAUCUAGACUUACAGGAUGCAAGCAUGCAUAUAAAUCAUGUAGAGGGAAAUAUAAACUCUUACUAUGACAGAACUAUGCAGAAGCCUGACAAAGUCAAAGACGAAUUAGACGUGUGUCAUAAAUCUCUCUCUCCCCCUUUAAUUCAACAACCCAUAACAUUUUCUCCUGACGAAAUAGAUAAAUAUAAGAUCCUACAGCUACAAGCCCAGCAGCAUAUGCAGAAGCAACUCCUGUCAAAGCAUCUUCGAGUUUUGCCUGCUGCAGGGCCUACUGCCUUCUCUCCGGCUUCAACCGUACAGACAGUUCCAGUUCACCAGCACACUUCUAUCACUACCAUCCACCACACGUUCCUGCAGCAUUUUGCUGUUUCUGCUUCCUUAAGUUCUCAUAACAGUCACCUCCCUAUUGCUCAUCUACAUCCUCUUUCACAGGCACAUUUCACUCCUAUUUCAUUUUCGACUCUGACUCCAACCAUAAUACCUGCACACCCCACUUUCUUAGCAGGUCAUCCCCUGCAUUUAGUAGCUGCUACCCCCUUCCACCCAUCUCACAUAACACUUCAGCCCCUGCCCCCUACAGCAUUUAUUCCUACAUUGUUUGGCCCUCACUUAAAUCCAGCCACAACUUCUAUCAUCCAUUUGAAUCCUUUAAUCCAACCAGUAUUCCAAGGUCAAGAUUUUUGCCAUCAUUCUUGCUCUAGCCAGAUGCAACAGUUAAAUGAAGUGAAAGAGGCCUUAAAUGUGUCCACACACUUGAACUAAUAAGUGUUAAAGCCCCUCUUGUGGAUAAUUUUUUUAGUUGUCACUACCUAUACAAUAAUAUAUUUAAAGAAGUCUAUCUAUUGUAAGAUUUAAAAUAUUGGUGCCAAUUCAAAAUGUGACCAAUAUAUAAAUAUGAACUGAAUUGCUAAUAUUAAAACAAAGAGCAUUUUAAUAAUUUUUUAGCUUGCCAAAAUAAUAGGCAAUUUAAAUAAUUUUAUGAAAAUGUAGAGGGAAGAGGGAAAGGGUUAAAGAUUUGUUUUGGAUGGGUUCUCACAUGUUAUAAAAUGCAACAGAAAACAUUCAAGCAGAGCAUUAAAAUUAAAAAGAAAAAUCAGAUGAAAUGUGGUGCCCUGUGUUCUAAGUAUUUGUUGCGCGAAUGAAUGAGUGUUGAUUUGGCUUAUUUGUUAGAUAAUAAAAGGUCAGUGAAAUGAAGUAAUUAUUUAAAGUAAUUUCUAUCG